UCAGCUUUGGCAUCUUCCAAUAUAACACCCUCAUCGGCGCGUACUUCAAAUUCGGUAGACCAGAAGCUGCACUCAACGUGUUCGAUCAAAUGCCGAUCAGAAAUGCUGCUACUUGGAACGCUGCCAUUUCUGGCGCUUUUAGAGCUGGUUUGGCAAGCGAAGGGAUGGACUUGUUUAGAGAGAUGAGAGAACAGGGUUUCGGGGCAAAUGGGUUCGUGCUCGCUAGCAUUGUGACUGCUUGUAACAGGUGGGGUUCAGUGGUUGGGCACGGUUUUGAAGUUCACGGGUUGGUUUUAAAACUUGGGUUGAUGCGAGAUGUUUAUGUUGGCACUGCGUUAGUUCAUUUGUAUGGUAAAUGUGGGUUUGUUGAUAAUGCACGGAGAUUUUUCGAGGAGAUGCCUGAGAGAAAUGUUGUUUCUUGGACUGCUUUGAUGGUGAGUUACUCAUCGAAUGGGCUUCCGGAAGAAGCGAUAAGGGCUUAUCACGAGAUGAGGAAAGAAGGGGUUGCUUGCAAUCAGAAUUCGUUUGCGACAGUGAUUAGCUCGUGUGGGAUGGUAGAGAACGAGAAGUUAAGCCUUGAGAUUCUUGCACAUGUAAUAGUUUCCGGAUUCAAAGAUGAGGUCUCUGUUGCAAACUCGCUCAUCACUCUGUUUGGAAAAUUGGGAAAGGUAGAUAUUGCUGAGCAUCUGUUUAAUCAAAUUAAGGGCAAGGACACGAUAUCAUGGAAUUCGAUGAUAACAGUGUAUUCUCACGAGGGAAUGUGCGAAGAAUCAUUAUGUUGCUUUGCUAAAAUGCGAAGCUAUAACUUCAAAGAAGAUUAUACCACUCUAUGUUGUUUGAUAUCUGCAUGCAACAAUGUGGAUCAUUUGAAAUGGGGACAGGGGUUACAUGCUUUUGCUAUCAGCAGCGGUCUUGGUUCAUUUAUAUCGGUUUGCAAUACUCUUAUCAAUAUGUACUCUGUGCUGGGAAAAUCUGAAGAUUCCGAGAUUGUGUUUUAUGAGAUGCCUGAAAGGGAUUUGAUCUCAUUCAAUACCAUGAUGUCUUCCUACAUUCAGAGUGGAAAUGACACUGAUGCUUUGAAGCUCUUUGCUCAGCUGCUUCGAGCAAAUAAAGAACCAAAUUAUGUGACAUUUGCUAAUGCAUUGAGUGCAUGUUCUAAUCCUGAUGCCCUAUUAGAGGGAAAAGCAGUCCAUGCUCUUAUUGUCCACAAUAACCUCCCUGGUAACUUACUGCUGGGUAAUUCUUUAAUAACCAUGUAUAGCAAAUGCAAUGCAAUGAAUGAAGCCAAAUGUGUGUUUCUAGUGAUUCCAAGGCGCGAUUUGAUCUCAUGGAACACGCUUAUUGGAGGGCAUGUAGAGAAUGAAGAGAAACUAAAAGCAAUGCAGGCAUUUGUCUUGAUGAGAGAAGCUGGAAUAAGGGCAAAUUACAUUACCAUGGUGAACGUUCUUGGUAUUUGCUCAGCUACAAAGGAUCUAAUGAAGUAUGGAAUGCCACUCCAUUCUCAUAUUAUCACUAUGGGGUUUGAUUCAGAUGAGUUUGUAAAGAACUCCCUGAUUUCUAUGUAUGCAAAAUGUGGCGAUUUUGAUUCAAGUGGGUUUAUAUUUGAUGGAUUAGAAAGCAAAACUGUGGUUUCUUGGAAUGCUAUGAUUUCUUCGAAAGCUCACCAUGGCCGAGGAGAGGAAGCAUUGAAGCACUUUCUUGAAAUCCAUCAUGCUGGAGUUGACCUAGAUCGGUUCAACCUGUCGGGAGCUUUUGCUGCUGCUGCAGGCUUGCCUGCACUUGAGGAGGGACAGCAGCUUCAUUGUCUGAUCACUAAGCAAGGGUUUGAUUUGGACCUUAAUGUAACAAAUGCUGCAAUGGACAUGUAUAGCAAAUGUGGAAAAAUGGAUGAUGUGCUGAAAUUACUUCCUGAACCAAGCAAACGUUCACGAUUAUCAUGGAAUAUUCUGAUAUCAAGUUAUGCCCGACAUGGGCUUUAUCAGAACGCCGAAGAUACUUUCAAGGAAAUGCUCUGUAUAGGACCGAAACCAGAUUAUGUUACCUUUGUUUCUCUCCUCUCUGCAUGUAGUCAUGGAGGUUUAGUAGAUAAAGGUCUUGAGUACUAUAAAACUAUGUCUUCGGAUUUUGGUAUUGCCCCAAGAAUUGAACACUGUGUUUGUAUGGUUGAUCUUCUCGGUCGAGCAGGGAGGCUAAUCGAGGCAGAGAAGUUCAUAGAAGAGAUGCCAGUGUCACCAAAUGAUUUUAUCUUUCGUAGCUUAUUAUCUUCAAGCAGAACUCAGAAGAAUCUCGAUAUUGGAAAGAGGGCUGCUCAUUGUCUUCUUGAGCUAGCCCCUUCAGAUGAUUCAGCCUAUGUUCUCCUCUCAAAUGCAUAUGCACUUAAUGGAAUGUGGGAGGAUGUCAAUAAGCUAAGAACUCACAUGAAGUCUAUUGAUUUGACAAAGAAACCUGCUUGCAGUUGGAUUAAGCUGAAGAAUAAGGUUAGUUCUUUUGGAAUUGGGGAUUGGACUCACCCACAAGCUAAAGAGAUUCAGGCAAAAUUGGAGGAAAUCUUGCAAAUGGUUAAGGAACUCGGUUAUGUUCCUGAUACAUCAUUAUCUUUGCACGAUACUGAUGAAGAGCAGAUUGAGCAUAAUCUGUGGAAUCACAGUGAGAAGCUCGCUCUUGCUUAUGGGCUGAUAGAGGCUCCAGAAGGAGCGACGAUUAGGGUUUUCAAGAAUCUUCGAGUUUGUGGGGACUGUCAUCUAGCGUACAAAUUGGUUAGUAGAGCUGUAGAUCGAGAAUUAGUGCUCAGGGAUCCUUACAGGUUUCAUCACUUCAGAGGGGGGACUUGUUCAUGUUCAGAUUACUGGUAGUAAUGAUAUAUAGACCAGAGAAUAGAUUCAGAUUCCUUCGAGGAUAUUUUUGCCGUCUACUAUGAGAAGCUCAGUAAAAAUUUUCAGUCAUUGAAAAGGAAAUAUUGUUGAAGGAUAAUUUUAUACCAGAUAAGUUAUCAAGCAAUUCUAUUCUAAUUCUUAUCAGACAAAAGCUCCUACUCCGACUUGAUUAGAUAUCCCUCUCAAUUCCCUCUAUAUAUAGGGCUGCCAUCGCCCCUCAAU